AUGGUGCUCCCUCCAAGCUCUCCUCGACUCCCGAGCCCACCACCUCCCACGGAAAUCCAGAUAGGACCAAAAUCCCCCGGACUGAGUGGCUCAAUGGCUGAACCUACGAUCGAACAGAGCAUGAUUGACGCUAACUCCAGACGGCGGAUACACCCAGGUACCAGAUCUGCAGAUAUGGCAGCUGGCCCUCCCCUCAUCCCUCUGAACGAGCUCGACUCGGCCUUCCAACUCCAAGAGCAUCUGAAAGCUCUCCACUACUAUUACUCCAAGCCUCCGAACGGCGAGGACACAAUCCCUAUCAGUCGCGAAACCGCCAUCCUCAUCGCCACCCAACCUGAAGGCGUCGAUCGUGCCCUAUGGCUCUACGAACUAUGCCGCUUCCUCAUAAACAAAUGCAACGACCUUAUUAUUGGGUUCCUCUUCGACCACCCGGCAUGUUCUGCUGCAACCUGUCCCGAGAUGCGAGCCAGCGAGUGGCAAUUCCUGUGCGCGGUCCACGAGUCACCCAAGAGUUGCUGCGCUAUCGAUUAUUGCUGCCACACCCUGGACUGGGCCACCAAUAUCGUCACCAGCCAGAAGAUUUUCCCCAGUAGGCUGAGUCUGGGGGCUGGAGAUGCUGUUGACGAGAGGGGAGCCGGUGUUAAGCACUUGACGAACAUAUUCAGACGCUUGCACCGCAUAUUCGCGCACGCUUGGUUCCAACAUCGAGGGGUCUUCUGGCAGGUCGAGGGACAGACGGGUCUAUAUGUUCUGUUUAAGACUGUGUGCGAUACCUAUGAUCUUCUGCCCGCAGAGAACUACAAACUGCCGCCAGAGGCGGAAGGAUUAGAGCCGGUGGAGGAAGCCCGGCCUGUGGCGCCGCAGAUAAUGAAGUCUCUGGCAUCUAUGUUUGCGGCCGAGGACGAUCCGAGUCGGAAGAAUACGAGACGCCAUAUCAGGCAAUCGCCAUCCGUGGGAUCUUCUGUAACGACUGUGCUGGAGGCGGACGAGGAUGAGGCAGAUUUUACCCAGAAGUUCGACGAUAUGCAGAUCACUGAGGAGGGAGGUGGGGUAGAGAUACCUGUGAUUGUCGAAUCGUACGAGGAGGAUGAGCGCCAGGAUAUCUCAGAAAGAGAAUCUGAAGCUGUAUCUGUUCAGGAGAUAGAAGGUGAGGUAGAGGCGGGUGCAGAUGCAGAUGCAGGUACAGAUGUAGAGGAAGCAUCUUUGGACGUACAGGGCGAAUCGACAUCAUCUACUUCGUCAUGGGACAGUAUGUCAUCCGAGCUGGAGGAGAAAUUGAAAUCAGAGUCUGAGAUCCCAGAAUCAGACGACUCCGGAGACGAAACUGCCUUGGAAUCAGAAGAUGUUCAGGACGAGACCUUGCUGGAUCUCCACGAGCUGGCGGUUAAGAGGCCAGCGGCUAUGGUAAAGGAGUCUGACGAGACCACCGGGCAUGGGCCGGAGAAGGCUGCGGAGAAGGCAGAGGAAAAGCAAAAGAUUGAGGAGUCAUAA